AUAUAAACCAAAAGAUGAUGUGAAAGGGUUAUCAUAAUAAUAAAGUAAAUGUUUGGUUAUAUGAUUCCAGACCCCUUAUGGACCAGAACUUCUACUACAUAGGAUUGAAAUCUACGUCAGCAUCGUACACAUCUGCCUUUACCAAUGCACUUCCCGCCGUCACCUUCAUUCUCGCCCUCAUUUUCAGGCUUGAGACAGUGAACUUUAAGAAGAUACACAGUAUUGCAAAAGUUGUAGGAACGGUAAUAACGUUGGGAGGAGCUAUGGUAAUGACUUUGUACAAAGGUCCGGCCAUCGAAAUCGUGAAAGCUGCACAUUCUUCCUUCCACGGCGGCUCAACCACAGCCACUGGCCAGCACUGGGUCACCGGAACCUUAGCCAUCAUGGGAAGUAUCUCCACAUGGGCUGCUUUCUUCAUUUUACAGUCGUUCACGUUGAAACUUUACCCGGCUGAGCUAUCCCUAGUGACGUUGAUAUGUGGGAUCGGAUCGAUCCUAAAUUUUGCCGUUUCGAUGAUAUUUGUCCGUGACUUAAGCGCCUGGAAAAUCGGCAUGGAUUCCGGGACACUCGCAGCCGUUUACUCCGGAGUGGUUUGUUCAGGUAUCGCGUAUUACAUACAAAGCAUUGUGAUAAAGCAACGUGGCCCUGUGUUUACCACGUCGUUUAGUCCUAUGUGUAUGGUUAUUACUUCAUUCCUCGGUGCCCUUGUUUUGGCUGAGAAAAUCCACCUC